AUGCGCUUCAACAACGUGGCCGGACUUGCCCUGGGCCUCGCCAUUCCCACUGGCGCUCUAUCCGUCCCUCGGAAUCCAGCUCCUGAGCCUGCUGGCAAGAUCGUGGCGCAGUUGUUCUGCGACAUUGUUGGUGGUCUGGUCACUGUUGCAAAGCAACAACCCCAAGCCACGAGCUUCUGUUCUUCUUACCUCAAGAUCCCUGUAGUCACAAAGACUUCUACGGUGACUUCCUUCACUGCCCUUCCCACCACCAUCACAACUUCAGUCACAGUACCCCUGACUAUCCUCGCAACCGCAACCAACACCGACACCGCGACCGUCACAAACACCAUCACAAAUACCGCGACUGAGACCUCCACAGUCACAGAGCGCACGACCAUCAUCACAGGCACCCAACAAGUCAUCGCGAUCCCCACCUUCACCGUCUACGCCAUCGGCGGCGACAACAGCGGAAACCCCAUCGCAGACGCCAGCCGCAACGUCCCCAACACCGUCGGCAACUCUCGAGGCCUGAGCCCCGUCCUCCAGUUCACCACCGUCGACAACAACAAGCUGCAGGUCCUGAACGGGCCCUACGCCGGCUCCAUCGGCAAGACCAAUCCCAAUGUAGGCGCGAGUGAAGCGUACGUCCUGUUUGGACGAAACGAUGUUGGGCUGCAGGAAACGGUUUGCCAGGUUACCUACAAUGCUGCUGAUGGGACGUGUCCGUUGUCUUGUGUGGCUGCGAGGGGAACGACGAGUUAUGAUUGUGGUGUUUAUUGGAGGAUUGCUGGGGAUGCUGAUGUGGGUGGUUGCUAUAAGUUUACUCCUUAUGCUGUUGGUGGACCCUAG